AUGCCAAUGUUCAAGAAUGAUUCCUAUUUGUGGCUGGUGUUGGCGAGGACGUUGACUGGCAUAGGAUUUGGAAAUUCGGCACUUAUCCGUGCCUACGCUUCUCAAUCGUCUUCAUCGGAGGAUCGAAGUCGAGCACUUGCCUGGACAACAGCUGGCGAUACACUCGGCACAACAACAGGCCUAUUGGUUCAAAUACUUUUCUUUCCGCUUGGUCUUGAGGGAUUCUCGUUUUUCGGCUUUCCCUUCACUGCUUAUACCACACGAGCCUUACUCGCUUGUCUUAUCAAUGUUUUUGGUUUUAUCAUCGUGUCAAAGUUCUUCGUCGAAGAUUACACAAUGUUGAGAAUCGAGAAAAAGGAAUUAGACAAUCAAACCGUUUCCCCGUGUUGGUUGGCGCUUGGCAUUUGUGUUUUGACGCGAUCCUCACAAGCGCUUCUCUUAUCAACAAAUGAUGUUGUUGGCUCUCCUUAUAUUAGCAUGAUGUUCGGCUAUUCGGAAAAGGAAACCCUUCAAUACAACAUUUUGAUGAUGUUGAUUCAGUCGGUGAUCGGUCUCGUUAUCUAUUUCGCAUAUAUUACUCUAAAUUUGGGAAAGAAGUUAGCGAUUAGGACAUCGAUCCGUCUCUCACUUGCCUCAUUCCUUCUAUAUCAUGUCCUCACUUUUUCAUAUCCAUUUUACAGCGAUUAUGUGGAGCUGGAAAAUCCAGCAGCGAAUUCAGCCGCUAUGAGUCGCGAGUACGGAGUUUGUGAGGUACGGAGAUACUCUUGGUGCACCACACUGACCACAUUCAAUCCAUUUCUCUAUUACAUUUCAUAUUUGGUGUUAAUUGGUGGCUUCUUUCCAAUUAUUAACAUUGCUUUAACGACGCUUCUCUCGAAAGUGAUCGGUCCGAGAGCUCAGGGAACGUACCAAGGACUCUUCCAGGUGGCCGGUUGCAUCUCGAAGAUGAGCAGUCCGGUGAUGUUAGGUUAUGCUUACGAUAUGGCCGGUCCAAGGUUGCUAUGGAUUAUUCAGGAAUCGCAAACGAUUUUCGUUUUUCUAUUAUGGAUCGCUUUUAAUGGCCGAAUGAUCGGUAUGUCGGAGCGAAUCGAGAAAAUGGAAAGGCGACAAAAAGUGACACGGAAAGAAAUGAGUCAAAAAGCGGUGAAUGUGUGGACGACGAAUAACCAUAAAACACGAAACGAAUUUGUGAAUAUCAAA